CAAGGCAAACGCGGAGAAAGAACAGUCGGACGUAAUUAUCCAUCUCGGUGAAAUUUUCCGCGUGGAAGUGAUUAAUUUCAGUUCAUUACACCUCCGGCCUUCGUCGAAGCGAUCGAGAUAAUCAACCGUCUUCGUUGCGGCUUCAACGUCCGCAGUGAGCGAGCGGCCUUUCGGCAUAAAACAUCGCAACAGCAACGCGACGACGACGCUACGUUCUCAGUGUCCGUUUUGACGGACUGUCAGUAACGAUCGUCGGAAAUACGAUACUUGUUAUAAUUUAUCGGACCUGGAACCGGCAAAUACAUUGCCGAAAAAUCAUUCUAGUGCAUAAUCGAAUUCAUUUCUUGCUGCACUCAUGACCAUGAUGGAGGACGAAGACGAUUGGCUAACGAGCGAUAUUUUCAAUGGGUCUUUUCACAAUGAUUACAUACUUGGCGAGAUGAUAGGAAGGGGUUCCGUGUCAACAGUCUACACCUGUCUUUACAAGGGGAGGAAAAAGUUUGCCUGCAAAAUGGUACCCAAGGAUCGGUUAAACAAAUCAGAAGUUCGAAGCAAGGUUGAAACGUUGCUGAAACUUCGCCACAACAAUAUCAUCUCGGUGAAGAUGGUUUACAAUGAGAGCCGCCAUUUGUUUGUGAUAACGGAUCUGGCAUCCGGAGGAGAACUGCUGGAGAGGCUGGCAUCAAGAGGAGGACACUCGGAGAGAGACGCUGCUAAAGCUGUUCGAGAUGCACUGGCUGCUUUGAAUUAUCUCCACGGGAUGGGACUUUGGCAUGGCAGUGUUCGCCCAGAGAAAUUGAUCUACGCAACAGAGGAUGAGAAUUCGCGACUCUUGCUGGUAGAUCGUGGAAUCGCCACAAAUCCGUUGAACGGGUACAAUGCUCUCUACUGCGCUCCUGAAGUAUUAGUUGGUCAUGUCGAGAAUACCGCGGCUGAUAUCUGGAGUCUGGGAGUCGUCAUUUACAUCAUGCUGUGCGGAUUUGAACCUUUUCGAGGAACGAUGGUAACCUUUUUUCCAUCACCGUAUUGGGAUGAUAAAACUACCGAAGCAAAACUUCUUAUAAGAAGGCUGAUGCAACAGCGACCGGAGGAUAGGCCGACGACCCGCGAUCUCCUCUUGGACCCGUGGGUUCUCGGUGAAAAAUCGAGCGAACUUCCAAUGCCGAACACUGCUAAACAGCUGCGCGAAUUUAACGCCAGGAGAAAAUUCAAAGCCGCGACUCUCGCUGUGAGAGCCACACGUCGAGCUAUGACGUUUGCGAAUUAUCAGGAAGCAGUGAUUUAACCAGAAACAAUGCCGCUUGUAUUUUGUUACAAACUAUUCCUUUCUAACAAUAAGUAAUAAGCUUCAACCGUUUACAGUUUCUGGAAUUGGAUGUAAAUUCUACCGAUUUCAGGAAUGGCAGAUGCUU